AUGGCGACUUCGGUUCUAGAGGUGAGCGCGGGUCUUCCUUCCCUCCUUCUGCGGGGCGCCUGUCGUCCGUUCCAGGAAGAAGGCUCCUUCGCUUCCAACCCCUUCGCCCUACUCUCGGGCACCUGCGGCGUCUUCGGGAGCCCUACUCCUCCGGCCGAGACCACCAGCCCCUCCUCUUCCACUUCCACCUCCGGCCGGCUCUACCGAGGAGGGGCGAGGGGCCCCGCCAGCCCUGGGACAGUAGACCUCUUGGCUGCCCCCUCCCGCCUCCCCUGCUCGGACGAUGCUCUGGAUUUCUAUGGACACAGUCUGCUCCACCAAUCUCCCUCCUCCUCCUCCACUCCUCCUUCGUCCUCCUCCAACGCCCACAGUCCGGCCGUCUCGGCUGCGGAGUACUCCUCCUUCCCCGAUCCUCCCCUCUUGCCCCCCCGCAACCUGCCGUCUGCCGACUGCCUGCACGGAGCGUGCGCGGCGUUGGAGGCAGCCAGCGCUUACCCCUGGUACAAGGUGGGCUCACCACCCUCCUCCUCCUCCGACCACCCCUCUUCCCCUGGGACCUCUUGGUGGGACGUCCACCCGGGCGCCGGCUGGCUCUGUCCCCCGCCUCCCUCCGCCGCUGGCCUGGACACCUUCCAGCCGCACCCCAGUUCCGCCGCCGCCUUCCAGUCGCCGCUCCCCUCCUUCCCGGGGGACUUCAGCUGCGCGUACCCCGCGCCCACAGCGGGAGGGGGCGGCAUUCUGUCCCGUGAAGGUGGCGGGCCCAAGCAGAGCGGAGUAGGAACAGGUGGAGGAGGAGUGGGAGUCCCCUGCACCUGGUCCAGCCGUGGGGAGCCGGGCAGGGGCGUCCCGCAGCCGCGGCGCUGGCUUCACAGCUGCCAAGUGCCGGGCUGCGGCAAGGUCUACGGCAAGGCGUCGCACCUGAAGGCGCACCUCCGCUGGCACAGCUCCGAGCGGCCGUUCGCCUGCAGCUGGCUGCUCUGUGGCCGCCGCUUCGGCCGCGCUGACGAACUGGAGCGACACGUCCGCGCCCACACGCGCGAACGGCGCUUCCACUGCCCGCUCUGCGCCCGCCGCUUUACCCGCAGCGACCACCUGGCCAAACACCAGCGUAGUCACGGAGCCCCUCCCGCCGCCGCCGCCGCCCCCGCCCCUCCAGCGGCCGCCCCCGCCGACAACGAGCGGGAGCCCCGAGAGGGUGAGGAGAUCCGACCCCCUUCCUCACCUGGAGACGGGACUCAGGAGAGCGGCUCCCGGACUGUCGAGGAGGCGGACCCCACUGAGCAGAGCGGGCUACUGGAGAUAUGA